AUGGAUACAAAUACAACUGCAGAAGAUUUAUUAACUAAGACGAGAAAGCCAUAUACAAUAACGAAGCAGCGAGAACGAUGGACAGAUGAUGAGCAUGAUAGGUUUCUAGAAGCCUUGAGGCUUUAUGGAAGAGCUUGGCAACGUAUAGAAGAACAUAUUGGAACAAAGACUGCUGUUCAGAUCAGAAGUCAUGCACAAAAGUUCUUUACAAAGUUGGAGAAAGAGGCUGAAGCUAAAGGCAUUCCUGUUUGUCAAGCGCUGGACAUAGAAAUCCCACCUCCUCGUCCUAAACGAAAACCAAACACUCCUUAUCCUCGAAAACCUGGGAGUAACGCUGCUUCUUCCUCACAAGUAUCAUCAGCAAAAGAUGCCAAAGUUGUGUCCUCGGCCUCUUCUUCACAUUUCUUGGAUUUGGAAAAAAAUCCGUUUUCUGAGAAAACAUCAACUGGAAAAGAAAAUCAGGAUGAUAACUGCUCAGGGGUUUCCACUGUGAACAAGCACCCCUUACCAAAGAAAGUAAACACAUUCAUGGAAUCUGAACCAUCUCGAAGAAAGCAGGCAAGUCCCAGUAACGAAACAAGCAAGACCUCAAAUGUGGACCACAUGGUUGAAGAUGUUCCCGAGAAGAACAAUGACAGAGAUGGUGAGCGUAUGCACAACGCGCAGAGCUACCCUUGGCAUUUCCCAGCUGAAGCUAUAAAUGGAAAUAUGGCAAAAUGCCCUCAGUUUCAUCCUCCAGGUAUGGUAUCUCAAGACUUCAUGUUUCGUCCUAUGGGAGAUGGAGUUCACAGGCACGUGAAUCAUCCAGCUACACCAACAUCAUCUGCUACUACUACUACAGCUUCUCAACAAGCGUUUCCAGCGUGCCAUUCCCAGGAUGAUUACCGUUCUUUUCUCCAGAUUUCUUCUACUUUCUCCAAUCUUAUUAUGUCAACUCUCCUACAGAAUCCUGCUGCUCAUGCUGCAGCCACGUUCGCUGCUUCGGUCUGGCCCUAUGCGAAUGUCGGCAACCCUGGUCCUGGUGAUUCAUCAGCGCAGAUGAGCUCUUCUCCUCCUAGUAUAGCUGCCAUUGCUGCUGCUACUGUAGCUGCUGCGACUGCUUGGUGGGCUUCUCAUGGACUUCUUCCUGUAUGUGCACCUGCUCCUGUCACGUGCCUUCCAUUACAAACCGUUGCAGUUCCAAUUCCAGCUGUGGAUAAGAUGGAUAUUGUUGAAAAUGAGAAACAAAGCACAGCUCUGCAAGAUCAGAACUUGGCUUUAAAAUCUCCAGCUUCAUCGUCAGACGACUCAGAAGAGACUGGAAUAACCAAGGUGAAUGCUGACUCAAAAACAAAUGGUGAUAAGGAGGAGGAAGCUGUUGUUGCUGCUGCUGGUUCAAACGUUGCUCUGAAGACAAAGCUGGUGGACCGCUCAUCGUGUGGCUCAAACACACCUUCAGGGAGUGAUGCAGAGACAGACGCAUUAGAUAAAAUGGAGAAAGAUACAGAGGAUGUGAAGGAGACUGAUGAAAAUCUGCCAGGUGUUAUUGAGUUAAGUAACCGCCGGAGUAAAAUCAGAGAAAACAACAACCCAACUACUACUGAUUCAUGGAAAGAAGUGUCCCAAGGGGGUCGUAUAGCGUUUCAGGCUCUCUUUGCAAGAGAGAGAUUGCCUCAAAGCUUCUCACCUCCUCAAGUGGCAGAGAAUGUGAAUGGAAAACAGAUAAUGCCAUCGGCUCCUAAUGUCAACAAGGUUCAAGAUUCGUGUGAUGCAGACCAAGAAAGUGUCGUAAUGACAGGUGUUGGACCUGGAAAUAGCCUUAAAACGAGACAAACAGGGUUUAAGCCGUACAAGAGAUGUUCAAUGGAAGUGAAAGAGAGCCAAGUUGGGAACACAAACAAUCAAAGUGAUGAAAAAGUCUGCAAGAGGCUUCGACUGGAAGGAGAAGCUUCAACAUGA